AUGUCCAAGACUUUCUCGAAAGACGACGUCGCAUCGCAUAGCAAACCAGACAACCUCUGGGUUGUGAUCGAUGAGGACGUCUACGAUUUGACCAACUUCCAGGAUGAGCAUCCCGGUGGUAAAAAGAUUCUCCAGCGAGUCGCCGGAAAAGACGCCUCGAAACAAUUCUGGAAAUACCACAACGAGGGCAUCCUGAAGAAGUACAAGACCAAGCUGCAAAUUGGCUCUUUGGAUAGUAAAAAGCCCGCGGCUGCUCCAGAGCCGGCCCCGGCGAAAGAGACCCCUAAGCCCCAAGCGGCCCCCGUCGUCGACGUUUCCUCCGCUCAAUCAUCGGACCCUCAGGAGCCCUAUGGCGAGCUGAUUCCGUUCGCCGAUCCUUCCUGGUACCAGGGCCAACACUCGCCCUACUUCAACCAGACACAUGCCGCCCUCCGCGCGGAAGUACGGCAAUGGGUUGAGUCUGAGAUCGAGCCUUACGUGACCGAGUGGGAUGAAGGCAAGCAGGUGCCGGAUGAGAUUUACAAGCAGAUGGGACAGAGAGGGUACCUGGCGGGCCUGCUAGGUGUCAAGUAUCCCGUCAAUCACACUCCCCACCGGGUUCAAUCGGUAGCCCCCGAGAAUUGGGAUCUCUUCCACGAGAUGCUCCUGACCGACGAGCUGUCUCGCGCGGGCAGCGGUGGUCUGGUCUGGAACUUGAUCGGUGGUUUCGGCAUUGGCGGUCCGCCUCUAGUCAAGUUCGGAAAGAAGCCUCUCGUCGACCGUAUCCUGCCUGGCAUCCUGGCCGGUGAGAAGCGCAUUUGUCUAGCCAUCACCGAACCGGAUGCCGGAAGCGACGUGGCCAACCUCACCUGCGAGGCUAAGCUGAGCCCCGAUGGUAAGCACUACAUUGUCAACGGCGAGAAGAAAUGGAUCACCAACGGUAUCUGGUCGGACUAUUUCACCACCGCUGUUCGGACUGGCGGGCCCGGUAUGAAUGGUGUGAGUGUCCUUCUCAUCGAAAGAGAAGCCGGCGGCGUGAGCACGAGGCGCAUGGACUGCCAGGGUGUGUGGAGCAGCGGAACCACCUAUGUCACGUUUGAGGACGUCAAGGUGCCCGUGGAGAACCUCAUCGGAAAGGAAAACCAAGGAUUCAAGGUCAUCAUGACCAACUUCAACCAUGAGCGUAUUGGAAUUGUCAUCCAGUGCGUCCGGUUCGCUCGUGUGUGCUACGAGGAGUCCGUCAAAUAUGCCCACAAGCGCAAGACCUUUGGCAAGCGUCUGAUCGACCACCCGGUCAUCCGUAUGAAGCUGGCCCACAUGGCCCGCCAGAUCGAAGCUACGUACAACUGGUUGGAGAACACCAUCUACCAGUGUCAAUGUAUGGAUGAGACUGAGGCCAUGCUCAAGCUCGGCGGUGCGAUUGCCGGCCUCAAGGCCCAGUCCACCGCCACAUUCGAGUUCUGUGCGCGCGAGGCCAGCCAGAUCUUUGGUGGUCUGAGUUACAGCCGGGGUGGCCAAGGUGGCAAGGUGGAGCGACUGUACCGUGAUGUUCGAGCCUACGCGAUCCCCGGAGGAAGCGAGGAGAUCAUGCUGGACCUGAGUAUGCGCCAGAGUUUGCGUGUGCACAAGAUGUUUGGCAUGAAGCUGUAA